AUGACGAGUCCGGCGAAACAAGGUUCCUCGAGAUGGGGGUUCUUGUCACAAGCAGUAGGAGGAUUGGAAUCAAGGUUGGAUAUCUUAUUGGCAGAAGGUCAGGAAGGUCAAGCAAACAAACCAACUCCUGCAGCUGGCAAUACAAGUGCUGCAAAACCAGAGACGGCAAUUUCUCGAAGCGCAUCAAAUAGUAGUAGUAGAACAAACGAUCGAUUACAAGAACGUCUAGCGAGGGCAGUAGCUGCAAAGAAUGCACAGAAGGCUGGCGCACAGUCAACAUCUUCGAAUGUACCUUCGAGGACCGGAAGCCCAAUUACGGUCGGCGAAAGUCCGAGACAGAGUUUAGAUGCGACUUCUAAUCUAGGAGGGGAUGAGGCGACGAAACGAGUUUCUCAAGACCUUGGGUCUACUACAAUCGCGAAUACUAUUGAAUCGGAUACACCUACGAUACCUACAGUGGAGGUUCAAUCGAGUACUCCAAUCGUCGAACCAACUCCAGAAACGACUACAGAACCGCAGCAAGCAUCACCCAAUGCAGUUGUUACCUUGAAAGCCGAACCCACGUCUCGAUUGUCAACAGAUUCCACUACCUCUAGUAUACCCCGGGAAUCUCUUGACUCUAUUCCACAAAAUGAUACGACAACCAGUUCGUCCCUUGAUGAACCACCAACAACUACUCCAGUAACUGAUGCGGUUCCGACAUCAAAAAGUCCGGCGCAACUCGAGGCAGCUCUUAGUCAACUACAGUCAGACUAUGAAACUUCAGAAUUACAAAGGCAAGAGGAAGUUCAUGGUUACAUAGAGCGCAUUGAUGCGCUUCAGGCAAAACUAAAAUACUUGGCAAAAGAAAGUCUAGAGUCAGCUAGCAAUGCUAAGAAUGCUGCACCAUCUGGAAGUCUGGAGAAGAAAUUGGCCGAGAAAGAACAACAAAUCAUUUUACUCAUGGAAGAAGGUCAGGCUUUGUCUAAGAAAGAAUUAACUCACAUGACCACUAUUAAAAAACUUCGUGCCAAAAUUCUCGAGGAUAAUAAAGAAGUUGCGGAAAUCAAAAAGAAACAAGAAAAGGCCGGAAAGGAAGCUGCAUCUCUGGCAGAGCGCUUAAAACGAGCCGAGGGCGCUGAGAAGAGUCUCAGUGAAAGGAAUAAUGUAAUCAAUCGACUUAGAAAAGAACUCGAUGCAGUCAAGAUUGAGAGGGAUACCAAGGAUACCGUCAUCGCCAACCUCAAAGCUCAACUCGAAAAUGACGCGGCUGAAGAGAAAGAAGCAGAAGCAAAAGUUGCCAAUGAGACCUUGCAAGCCGAGAAGAAACGUGUUGCUGAACUGGAGGACGAUAUUUCGAAUCUCAAAAUCGAGAAGCAACUCGUUAGUGAUAGAGCACAAAUACAGAUUAAAGAGCUCAGAGAGAAGAUGGAUAGAGAGGCUGAAGAUGCUCGAAUUGCAGCUCUUGAAAUGAAGAAUGAGCAACAAAUGUUGGAGAGUAAAUUAGAGAUGAUGAGAGCGAGAGCUGAGGAAGUUUCAACUGGUGCAACUGGUGAUGCACAAGCGAAAUUGUUACGUCAGAUCGAGACUUUACAAACACAAUAUGCUGUUGCCAGUGAGAAUUGGCAAGGUAUUGAAGCUUCAUUGACGGCACGUGCGAUUAGCUUAGAAAAAGAGAGGGAUGAGGCGACUAAGCGAGAAGCUGAUGUUAGGCGAAAAGCUCGUGAAGUGACACUCAAAGCGAAACGUAAUGAAGAUGAAUUGGAAGAAACUAGGUCGAAAUUACCAAACUUUCAACAAGAACUUUCCCAACGGACUGCUCAAUUAGAUGAUCUCAAGAAGCGUGUUGAAGAAGCCGAAUCUGCAUUGGUUUCAGCCAAAGCCGAAUUCGAGGAUGAGAAACAGACAUGGAACUCUGAGAUGCAACAACGACUAUUAGAAGAGAAACAAAAAUGGUUGGAAGAAGUCUCUCUUAAUGGUCGUGGAGAGUCACCUGUAGCAUCAAGUCGAAGAGGGUUGACAUCGGAAUAUCUGGGUCUACAAAACAUGCAGUCAAGAAGACCAUCAGCUAGAUCUACAACUGGUGACUUGGUAACAUCAGAAAGAUUCGUAGGACGUCGUCAAUCUGGACAACCGACAUCGAAAUCACCAGAUCCGGGAACACCCGUCAGACAUGACUCUACGGCUUCCUUGACACAUUCUUUUUCAUUAAAUUCCAUUGCAACUAAUGGGACGGGUGGAAGUGAGUUUAAGCCACAAACUCCAAGUCUUCACACGUUGGAUCACGAUGACUUCUUUGAUACUCAUCGUUCUUCUUCUCCUCAACAAACUAUUCAUGACAUUAUUUCGACUUCGACUGCUGGUGCCGGUCCAACAGUCCAAUUGGUUGAGAGAAUGAGUUCCGCGGUAAGGAAAUUGGAGAGUGAAAAAGUGGCGACGAAGGAGGAGGUUGCUAGAUUAAUUGCUCAGAGAGAUGAAGCGAGAACGGAGAUUGUAGCACUGAUGAAGGAGGUUGAAGUUAAGAGGGGAUUGGAGGAGAAAGUUGAGGCGUUGGAGGAAGAGAUUAAGGGGAUUAAGGAGAGGUAUGAAGUUACGCUUGAGUUGUUGGGGGAGAAGAGUGAAGAGGUUAAUGAGUUGAGAGGGGAUGUGGAGGAUAUCAAGGCUAUGUACAAGGAACUUGUUAUUAAGAGUGUGGGGUAA